CAAACCAUUGGCAAAUUUGCCAAAUAAGUUGGUAGUUCUUAUACUUUCAAGAGCUACGAUAUAGCAGAUCAAUUUUUAUUUAUAUAUCAUAUACCAAAAAGUGGAAAUAGAAAAAUAAUUGUUGAAAAUUGAAAAUCAGGCUUAAAAGGUAAUUUUGAUAUUUUAUUCACUGUUUCCAACAAUGGAAGGACAUCUCAAAAAUAUAUACAUUUUAGAAGCCUGUUCUCAUCUGAUCCGAUUGUUAAUUUAUCAUAUAAGAUGGCUAAUAGCUAGGUUCUCCAAUAGAUAUAUCGACACUUACAAAUGUCUGGUUGGUAAAACGGCCAUCAUAACAGGUGGCAGUACAGGCCUUGGUUACGCAACAGCCACAAUGUUGGCUUCAAGAGGAUGCAAAAUAAUCAUAGCAACAAAUAUUGAAUGCGAAGCAGAAGAACUCAAUCUUAUAGAGGCAACAAAUAAUCCUAACAUUACCACAAAAUAUUUGGAUUUAUCCAGUUUUGCUUCUAUACGACAAUUUGUAGAAGAUGUAAAAAAAACCGAAACUAAGAUAGACUUCUUGGUGAAUAAUGCGGGUGUUGCUCUAAUUCCAGAAAUUGUCAGCAAAGAUAAAUUGAAUAAUGUGAUGCAGAUAAAUUAUUUUGGACAUUUUCUACUGACACAUCUCCUUAUCGAUGAACUGAAGGCGGCAGAGUCCGCACAUGUGGCUUUUGUAGCAUCUUCGUCUGCUUAUUGUAAUCAGGCGGAUUUCCAUCAAAUUAAUGAGCUACCAAAGGAAAACCAUCAAAUAACAAGCGAAGAAAUUUUUCAAUAUUACACUUUUUCGAAGCUCUGUGUAAUAAUAGCUGUUCAGGAAUUUGGAAAGCAUUUAAACAAGAAGUACGGUAUUACAGUAAAUGCUGUAGAUCCUGGAAUAUUAAAUACCAAUAUUGUUCAUAAUGUCCUGCGAAACGAAGCUCCAAGAGCUUGGUUUUUUAAAAUACUCUUUCAUUUUCUUCUUACUCUUUACAGCACUGAUGUAUUUCAAGCAGCCAAAAAUACUACAUAUGUUUUAACAGCAGACGAUAUUAAUAAUGGGGAUUACUAUUUUCAAUGUAAACCCAUUUUCAAACCUCAUUAUGCAUACAAUCCCGAAUUUUGCGAAGAGAUAUGGAAAAGAAGCCAAACAAUUGUUGAACUCACACCAGAUGAAAAAUUAUCAUAAUGUAUAUUUCAUAACUUUAUUUAGAUACUGAUAUUUUUAGAGAAUCUGUUUUUCAUUAAAUAUGCAAAAAAACUUUAAAACUGCAAUAACUCCAUUCGAAUUUAUGGUGACGUAAAUUUUCGAUCAAUUUCUUAGCGUUCAGUAUUAUGUUACAAAGUUAGUUUGAACCGAUUUAUUCCACCUGAAGGAAGGACAUUUGAAAUAACAUUGUAUUUUAACCUCAAAUAAAUCGCUAAAGUAAGAA